AACGGUCGUGUUCGUCGUGUGCGUGAGCGGGAGAGGAACAUUCGUCUGCGUCAACGCGUCAGUGCCUCCCGCGCCAUACCGCGGCAUAACUUGCCGCGCGUUUCGUCGUUACGCGCGCCUAUCACGCCAAUACUUCAAUGUAUUUCGCGUGUGCAAACUAGUGUUAAACUUUGGAUUCGUACAGCAAUCAUGGGUGGACUAAGUAUUGUGCUAUUGUUUGUGAUGUCGUCGAGUCUGGUUGUCGCAGAGACAAAAAUGACGAUCGCAGAGAAACUUCAAGAGGACGCAGAUCUCUCACAGUUCCUAGCGCUAGUGAAUAGAAACAUGGUGGCCAAUAUGAGCUUGCAGUAUCGACAGAUGACAAUGUUCGCGCCAACUAACGAAGCCUUCCAGAGAUACAACGACGAAAUGGACGACAAUCUUGUACUGUAUCACAUAUCCAACUUAGCUACAACUCUAACGAACUUAGAUUACGCGAUAUCAUCAGAGUUAGACGGCAAUCCUCCACUUUGGAUCACACGUCGUCGUGAUACAAUGCAUGAUGAUAUUUACGUGAACAAUGCCAAAGUAUAUAUCACAAGAUCUUAUCAAGCUGUUAAUGGAAAAGGUAAACUACAGGUUCUCCAUGUAAUAGACCAAGUACUGCAACCGCUGCAGCCGCUUGGACCAAUGUCGACGACCACUCCCGUCUACAAUCCUAAUGCCUAUCAAUUCUUAGAGCAUUCCGAUGUAUUCAAUAUAGGCCAGCACAGAUUAAGGUCUUUUCGGCAAAAAGUAAAUCAACUUCAAAAGAAGGAAGUUUUCAACGCUGACGGGAGGCAUACAUUUUUUAUACCCGUGGAAGAAGGAUUUAAGCCAACUGCUCGGUCAGAUUUCAUAGAUGAAAAAGUGAUAGACGGCCACGUGAUCCCCCAUCACGUUUUGUUCACUAAAGCGACACCCGAGGGUCAGGAGUUUGAGAGUUUGGCAUUCAGUGAUAACGUCAAAGUGAUCAUAUCCUUCAGUGUUGCUGUUAAUGGACAAGAAGAAUUAACUUAUGUGAAAUCUAAUACGGUGGCUGGUGAUGCGAAACACACAAGAGGCGUGGUACUUGCUGAUAUCGUUAGAGCGAACAUACCAGUUAAGAACGGCGUCGUACAUCUCAUUCAGAGACCUUUAAUGGUCGUUGAUACCUCUGUUAUUGAUUUCCUGAAGGCUAUGAAGGUACAAAAUCUGGUGGCAUGGGGAGAUCAAGAGAGUGCCUUGAGUUCAGAACUAAAUAUAACGGGUAUUGAAAAAGAAGAUGGUCCCCUUUGCAAGUUCUACGAGGUAAUAAUGGACUUGGGUGAAAAUAAUCAGUUCCUGAACGAGUUAACUUUGGCAAAGGAUAUAACUUUGUUCGCACCUUCUAAUGAGGCUUGGAACGAGAAUAGUGUUCAGAAUAUUAUUAGAAAUCACCAAAAGCUUAGGGAAAUAUUAAAGUUGCAUUUAGUAAGGGAAAGGUUACCACUAGAUGCUAUUAUUCACAACAAUAUGAAUCAGAUAUACCAAGCACCGACCGCCGCUGCACGAAAGUAUCUCUACUUCAAUGUAGUAAACAGUAAUUCGAAUCAGACGCUAACUGUGGAGGGCGGCGGAGUGAACGCUACAGUCACGCAGCCCAACAUAGCGGCAACUAAUGGAUUUGUACACAUAAUAGACAGAGUACUAGGUGUACCGUACACAACUGUGUUCGAAAAAAUAAAAACGGAUCCAAUGCUCAACAUAACGUAUAACUUGGGAAAGCGGCAAAUGUUUAAUCACCAACUGAAUGAAAUGGAACAUCGAUAUACAUACUUUGUGCCGCGGGAUCACGCCUGGUUGAAGUUCCAAAUUAGACAUCCGUCCGCUUACAAGGCUUUGUUUAGAGAGGAUUAUGGUUAUUACACAAAGCAAAUUUUGGAAAGACACGUGAUUAGAGCGGGAAGAUCUUACACCGUGUCUGAUUUAAAACUAAUGGCGAACGAAACUCAUCCUAUUAUCUUACCAACCACCCGAGAUCCUCUUAAACUGCGAGUAAAGGAAUCCGACAAAAAUUAUUACGUGGAAUGGAAUGGGCACUGGAUUCACGUGUUCAGACCCGACGUGGAGUGCACUAACGGUAUUAUUCACGUAAUAGAUGAACCUUUUGUCUUGGAGAGCGACAUACGGCUCACGGGCAGUGCUGAGAAAACCCGCGUAGCAUACACAUAUUUCUUACUUUUCGUUUCCUAUACAUUCGUUAAAAUUUUAGGCAAUUAAGUUAACGGUUCUUCUUUACUCUAAAUAAUGAAAUAAACUAUAUUCUAAUUUAUUUUUUUCUUAAAUAAAACAGCAAUCGAAAACCAUAGACAAGAUAUUCGUUAUGAAAUCAAUCAAAAAUAUCAACUUCAACUAAAUACAGGGAUGCACUUAUUUGGAAUGGAUUUAAUUUUCUGACUUCUGGCGUUUUAUUCCAUUUUUGAAUUAUACAAUUUUAAUACGUGAAAGCUCUGUUUUAUCAAACUUAUUGUAAUGGUUACCAAUAUAUUAUACAAGUAGGGGGAUUGAUAUUGUAAUGAAAAAUAAGGCAUUGCUAAUCAAGGUUACAAGUACUUAUCAAUUCUAGAUAAUACACUGCCAGGAAAAUUUAUUGAGAUAUUUCAUAGCAAUUCUAAUAUAGUUAUACAACAUUGAAUAUACAUAUAUGUAAACAUUUGAAUCGCUUAUCG